AUUUGCUCUUUGAUCGGACAGAAUUUCACUUUGAAAUUUGAGAACUUUGAACACUCAAACUUUCAAGGAAAGUUGCAUAACAUAUCAUUUUUUUGACCAUAUAUUCAAAUGCUAAUCAAACCAGAUGCUACGGUUACAGCUUGGUACAGAUGCUAGAAAGUGCUUCGAACGUUGCCCUCACCUACAUAUCAGAAGGUAAGAAAGUUACAUUUGGUAGAAUGAUUAUGAAUCGUCCAUUGCAACCCUUCUACAGGAAGACUGGGAUAUGUGCUCUGAGCAUUCCUGAACUUGAGAAUGCUGCAGGGAUGGAAUCUUAUCCUCCAUUCACUGUGGUCUCUGUCAAUCAGGUUACCUUUUUACAUAAAUGGCAAAUAGUCACAAGCAUCUUCUUUUUUUCAAAAUUAACGGUGGAUUCUAUCAUAAGCAAAGCAUCCUCUUUGAGUUCUGUAGAAAUGGAAAAAAGAAGAGGCAUCUUCACAUAAAGUUCAUUAAAGAACGGUAUAACAAAGAUGAUUAUAACAGAUUACUAGUUAGUGGCAAUCUUUAUGGAUUGAGAAAUUUCCCAAGUGAAUAUCAAGAACUUAGCCGUCUAGUUCCUUCUAAGAUAUCCAGCUUGCAUGAUAGGCAGUUGUAUAAAUUACAAUUUGAUCAGUCUACAGCAUUCUUGAAAGCAAACAGCAAGUAUACAAGUUCUUUCUUGCUUUUUCCUCUUUGGUUUUGAAUAAUCUUCUGGAGCUACUAAAGAUAGAGAAAUGUCAUUGACAAUAAGAGGAAGUGUGAGAGCAAGAGGGACGACCCCCUCUUGCAAUGGGAUUUUUUGUCGGAUAGUAUACCUUCCCAGAAACAUAAUAGGGGGGUUUUCAAGAGUACUGGGUAGAAGAAACCAAUACCAACCACCAAACUUGCAGCUGCAACAUUCACAACCGCAGCAGCCCCUAGUUGUUCCAGAAGAGUGGGCUUUUCUAGCUAGUUUUGAACAGCAAUAUGGAAUCACACAUCCAUUUUUCUAUGCCUGUAGCUUUAUGGAGGCUCUGAAGAUAGCAGAGGAUGAGCACAAGUUCAUGUUCAUGUAUCUCCACUCUCCGGAACAUCCCUUCACUCCCUCGUUUUGUUCAGGGACUUUGUGUUCAGAGCUGGUAGUACAGUUUCUUGAUGCAAACUUUGUGUGCUGGGGAGCAAUUGCAAAUAAAGGAGAGGGUUUACAAAUGGCUGCAACUCUGCAGCCUGCUAGCUUCCCCUUCUGUGCAGUGAUUGCACCAGCUGCUGGUAACAGCAUAGCAGUGCUGCAACAGAUGGAGGGCCCAGUUGAUCCAGCUGAGCUGGUGGAGAUUCUGCAGAGGACAAUGGAGGAGCAAGGGUCGGCUUUCAGCAGUACAAGAGGAAGGGAGGAAGAACAGAUGAGAGCAAGGAUUAAGGAGGAGGAAGAGAAGUUAAGGGCCGAUCGUCAGUUGAGAGAAGAACAAGAAGCUGCAUAUUUUGCUGCUUUAAAUAUAGACCAGGAAAAGGAAAGGCUUAGGAAUGCGAGAGCUCAAAAACCAGUAGAAGCUUCAAAUAAAGCAAAUUAUGAGAAGCCUAGGCAGAUGCCUACAGAGAAACAACUAGGUAAAACAAGGCAGGCCUCAUCCAUUAGAGAAGCUCAGUACAAAGAAACUGCUACUCAAGGGAAGGACACUCCUCAGGCUACUCAGAUAUUGAUUCGGUUUCCGAGUGGUGAAAGAAGAGAGCAUAGCUUUUCUUGCACAGAUAAGAUCCUCUCAAUUUACAGAUACAUUGAUUCAUUAGGACUACCUGGGCUUGGAAACUACAGAUUAAUAUCAAGCUUCCCGAGAAGAGUUUAUGGUGUUGAUCAAAUGGGAAUGACUUUGAAAGAUGCUGGUCUGCAUCCUAGAGCAAGCCUGUUCUUGGAGCUUCUCUGACAACAAAACUAAUGAUGGUGCAGGAAAGCUCCAUGCACCAUGACAUGCACAGCAUUCCCGCAAGCUUACAAAUAUGUCAAAAACUAUGAUUAGAUGUCGUCUAUCCCAUACCUAUCACAUCAUCCAUAUAUAUGUCUUACAUCAUAGUUUCUUCGCCAUGAUCUAAUCUCCUCAGUAGUUUACAUCAAUGCUUAGACUUUGGUUAGGGGAGAAACAAAGAGCAAAAUACAGAGCAGAACUUUACCUACAUAAGCUACCAUGAAAUUUACUGAUACUCAUCAAAAAGGAUCAGCAAAACCGAGGUGCAAACAAGGUCCACUUUGACAUCAGAACUAACAAGCAUAAUCAAGCAGACACUGUGCUACCAAAGUUCAGUGAUUUUCCUCA